AUGUUUCCCAUCGCCGUUUUAGCACUGGUUGCUACCGCCCAGGCACACACAGUCGCCUGGACCAAAGGCAUGUACUGCUCUGGGGGCCCUGAUCUUUCUACCGUCAACCUCAAUACCAACACAGCAGUGGGGCCCCUUUACAACCUCGCCAAGGAGGACUGGUGGUUCCAACACGAACGUGGAUGCGAUGCAGCACCGCCGCAGGACGGCGAGGUUCUCGAACUCCCUGCUGGUGGAAGCUUCACCGUCGAGCUCGCCCAUAACCGGGCGCAGACUACACUGUCAUACGGUGGACAGUACGCCUCUGAUUGGCCGGAUGGAAAGGAUCACCCAGAAGACUGGGCAGGUCCUGGAAGUCCGCCAGACUGCAUCCAGGAUGACGGUGCAAUGCACACCAACAACCAAUCCAUGGCUGCUGGUACCGCGUUUGCGAUCAGCUAUCAGUCAGAUCUAGCCGAUGUCACAAUCGACAACUUGGCCGUAUUCACGGUCUUGGAGCACACCCCGUGGAAACGUAUCGCUACCUAUGAAGUUCCAGCGGAUCUUCCUGCCUGCCCUGAGGGUGGCUGCACCUGUGCUUGGCUCUGGGUGCCGAACGGCUGCGGACAACCUAACAUGUACAUGGCUGGCUACAAGUGCAAUGUGACGGGCUCAACAUCAUCCAAGCAGGUUGCACCUGCUCAAGUCGCGGCUUAUUGCGAAGAUGACUCGACCAAGUGUGUCAAGGGCGCCAAGCAGAUGAUUGCUUUCAACCAACAAACCGGAAACAACGUUCAAGUGCCCAAUGGCAAGACACCGAUGUACAACACGGCCUGGGGUUGGGAAUCAGGUGCCCAAAAUGAUAUUUUCGUGUGA